AUGGAUGUAUUCAAGAAAGGACUUUCAAAGGCUAAAGAGAGUGUUAUGGCUGCUGCUGAAAAGACCAAACAGGGUGUGGCUGAAGCUGCUGGAAAGACAAAAGAGGGUGUUCUCUAUGUAGGUAGGUAA